AUGAAGACUACGCUUGUUCCGUGCUUUCCGCUCCGCCUUGUGUUACAUAUAUUCAAGGGAUUACGACGUUUCUCAUGGAACAAGUUGCUUGGUCAUACGAUCGUUGUACAUAUGUGCAACAUCCAACGAUCAUCAAUGGCCGCGACUUCGUGCUCUGAAUCCAGUCAUUCGAUCAAAGACAUAGCGCCCUUCCAUGUGACCUUUUCCCUUGUCCGAACCACCUCGUCUUCGUCGAGCUAUUUGUUAUGCACCUUAUAUGAAUGCAUUGUUGAGUGUUCGACAUUCGGUCACCUCGCCGAUGUGGAAGGUUUCAUGUCAAAUAUCACAGACGGGAUCGCCAAAGAUAUUCGACCUUGA